ACCAUAAAUCAGAUGAGAUAUAAUCUUAUAUGAGACUUAUGCAUCAAUCUGUAUUGAACUAUUUCAUUCGUAAGUUAUGUGAAUUACAAUUUGUACUAAGAUAUAAACAUUUCAAUAAAAUGAUACGUAAAUAAAUUAUGCGGUGGAAACAUAGUGUGUGCGAGCUAAUUUGGCUCAUUUGGUUCGGACGUGUCAUAAUGCUGUCCGGUGGAACCAUAGUCACCAUUCAUCACGAGUAUGUAAAUGUGACAAAUCUAGAGUUAACAUGCACUGUAGUCAGUGAUGUCCAUAAGUCGGUUGGAUUCUACGAAGUUUCAACCGAAAAAUCCAGUAAGAUCCUAGCUGUCGGUGGCUCAAAGAACGAAUGUCACGUGACACCAAGUCCUCCACCCAAGCAUAUGCACUGUCAUUGCAUCGAUGCAAACAAUACUCGUUGCACUUUGACGGGACUUACGAGUGCGGAUGAAGGGAAAGGUUGGCAAUGUUCUGUUCCAGAUGGAAAUGUAGCCAAAUUUAGUGAGAUAGUACGCAUUAAACUUCCAGAUGUUGGUGGGAUAACGCAAGAGAAAAUAAUAAAUCUUACACAUGCGGAGAAAACGGAGGUUUCUUUUGAGUGUCAUAUGCGAGGUGACCAACACAUCAAAUGGUUUAAAAACAAACAGGAAUUACCUAUGGCACACAGUUCAUACAUAUUAAAUUUAACACUGACACGCAAUUUGACAAGGCUGCAUUGUGAAGAAGGUGAUCAGAAGAUACAAACCUGGAAUUUAAACGUUCUAUACCCGCCAAAGGUUCUGCCGAUGAAAAACGUGACAAUAAAUGAACACGAACCUAUACAUACCAAUUGCAGCUUCGAGGUAGGAAAUCCUGAACAUACAAAAGUGAAAUGGACUUCAAAUGGAGUAGUCUAUUCCAAUAGCAUUUCAAUGGUUAUAUCAAACACCUCCAGAAAUCAGUCAGGUGUAUAUACAUGCACAGUUAGCAAUGGAGAACACACAGUAAGCAAUGAGGAACAUGCGUUUCAAGGAAAUGAUGCAGGUUCAUUUAGCCUUAAUGUCCAAUAUCCCCCAAGUACACCAGUCAUUCUGAUAGAUGGUCAUGUUGUUUCACAAAAUGUAACAAGGAUGGAAAAUAAAAGCAUUACAUUCAACUGUUCAGGCAACGGUAACCCUUUGCCUCAUAUGAGACUCACCCAAUCCGGCAGUAAAUCAAAGAUUAAAGAAGGCGGUCUAAAUGCAUACUUUGAGAUUGAUCGGCUUUCUUAUACGGAUACUGGGUUGUAUUCAUGUUUUGCCUCCAACGCUGUCGGUUCAUCUAGUGUGGACAUGUACUUAAAUGUUCAAUCCCCGGUUCGUAUCAAUCCAAACACGAAACAUGAGUAUAUUACGCGACAAUCUGACGGCGCCAACUUAACGUUCGAUGGACUUGCAAAUCCAAUUCCACGUGUUGAAGACUUCAAAUGGUUCAAAUGUACGACGAACCAUUCACAGUGCUUACCCAUUACAACGGACGGGCGUCGAAACAUCGUUACUCACGGUGUAAUGUCUCGUUUGACCAUUCAACCUCUUACCGAAGUAGACUUCGGGAUUUAUCGGCUAGAAGUACGAAAUGGAAUAGGCCAAGCGUGCAUUUACGAUUUUGUACUGAACGCCCGUGAUAAACCAUACGUUCCAAAACACUUUCGAGUAUUAGAUGACAGCAUAAUGGAAAACUCAGUGCAGCUCGGAUGGGUACCAGGGUUUGAUGGCGGUCUGGAGCAAACAUUUCAUGUCUUGUACACGCCUAGCUCUCAAGCGGAUUGGAAACAGAUAAACAUUAUAAGGAACAAUACCGUUGGGCAUACUGAAAAUAUGACAACAGUUGUACAGGGACUCGAGCCGGGAAAGGAAUAUGUUGCCAACCUCUUUGCCAGUAACGAUCUCGGUAACUCGUCAGUCGUCGGCCCAGUAGCGUUUAGAACGUUAGAGCUCGUCACAAUCCAAAUAGUUCCUGAUAAUGGCGUUCCUAAAAUGAUUGCACCGCUUAUAGUUGGCAUAGUGGUUGUGACCUGUGUUGUUGCUGCACUUGUGUUCCGUGAAAAGUUGUCACAACUUCGCAAACAUGUGCUUGAACAAAGCUUUAUACCAGAACGAUCAGAAGAACGCGAAAUGAGGAGGCUUGCAGACGUAAAGCAAUUAUCAGAAAAUGUUUAUUCCGACCCGGCAGAAAGCCAAAAACGUUCAUGCUCUCGAGGCUUGAAACUUUCAAGAGCUUCAGGAAAAUCCGACGAACCUUUCGAGUCGUGCGCAGCACCCAACAUAACUGUGGACCGUUCGUCUCUGGAUAGAGUAGCUAAUAUUACUUCUAAAGACGAAAGCCAUUAUGCAGAAUGCGGAUCUGAAGAGACAAAAGAUGCCAAAUCAAAAGGCUCAAAGAAUCUUAUGAACAUGAAAAGGCCUUCAAAUUGUGACGCAAAUUGCAUACCAGGUCGUUCGAAUCCUAUUGAAGUAACGAGCACAGACACAGAAGCAGAAGAGGUUCAUUAUGUAGAAUGUAGCAUUGAAGAUAAAGAAAAACACUCAAACAGGAAGAAGAAAGAGAAAAAAAUCGCAGUUCGCAUUUCAGGACCUUCGUCAAUCCAUGAGUCUACAGGCAAUGUGACAAGUGGAGGUGACGGUCAUUAUGCGGAAUGCGGAUUCGAAGAAGCAACUGUAGCAGCUAAAAUGAAAGACAAAAUAAAGACAAAGACACUGAGUUUAAAGCGACUUAUACGCAAUGCAUCAAAGAAGGCGAAACCCGAAGAAGGGCAAUAUAUUCAAUGUAUUUCAGAACCGUUAACUGAUCCAACAUUCCCGUGCCUGUCUGUUGGGCAUUACUCAGAACCACUGAUAGAUGCGCAACCUGUGGUUACGGCUAGUAGCCUUGGGUAUUACUCUGAACCGAUUACAGAUGACAAAGCUGUUGCUUUGGUCAGUGGUGGAUAUUACUCAGAAAUUCGAACGACGGAUAAUGGAAAGCAUCAGUCCCAUUCCUCUGAGUGUUCGCCUCAAGCAGAUGCAAAAGCUGUUGUGUUAGUCAAUACUGGAUAUUACUCGGAGAUCCAUCCAACAGUGAAUGCACAAUCAGGCUCGAAUCCCGAGAAAAUAUACUCGGAACCAUUUGUUCACGUGCUAGGGAAAAAGGCAAAGAGUGAAUUACCGUCCGAAUAUAAAGUAACAAACCUUUUCCAAGAAACAGGGCCCAAACCUAGCGCGGGAGGAGCGGAACGAUAUGAGAUCCUUAAUCCUGGAAGAGGGAAAGAACAACCACACUACAAAUCCAUAGAAGUUACAAUUGCAGAUACAAGGAGAACUACGACGGAAUACGUAGACCCCGACUAUGUAGACAUCAUCGACAAGACUGGAGCUUGCAAGAAGCCUGUAGUCCCAGCAAAAUUAAAUUACCCUAACACGAAAAUGGGAGAAGACGGUUACGAGACUGCCAAAAUGGGGAACCAAUCUUCUGAGUAUCACGUGACACCACUGUAUAAAGAAGAUCAGGCCAAAAAAUCUUCAGCAGAAAGGUUGGGAUUAUAUGAGAGUUUAAGACAUAGGCAGUCUCAAGAUGCUGAAAAGUACAGAGCAUUGGCAGCACCGGGACAAGAUACUUCCUUGCGGAUGAAAACGACAACUCCGCCGGGACUAGAAGACGAUUACGUUUACAGCGUGGUGAACAAAGUUAAAAGGAAGCCUCCAGGUUUUGAUGGACCUGUUCCAACUGCGGAAACGAAAGAGAGCUAGGCGUUGUUCAACCUUUUGCAAACAAUGUAUUAAAGUUCAGAGACCUUUAUAUACAUAGAGUCUAGAACUAUCAGAAAUUAACAUAAUUUGAACGCAUCCAAUAUUUGUUCUUCCGCGUAAAAGCAUUGUGAAAUUAUGGUCAAGUGAAAGAUUCCAAGCAAAAGCGCAAGUAAAGAACCUAAGAAAUAAUUUACGUUGAUUCUUUGUAAUACUUUUAAGAAAAUGGCAGUUUAUUUACACAUCCCCUUUAACACUUAAACUUUGAAUAAAAUACCAAGAUCUCCGAUUAUGGCGCAUAAGUAAUUUGCAUUAAUGGAUAAAGCAGUGCGAAAUAAAGGUCAAGCGAAGAUUCCAAGCUAAAGAACAAGAAAAGAACCUAAGAGAUAGUUGUGCUGAUCAUUGACAAUACUUCUCUGAAAAUGAUAAUUUAUGUAAACAUCCCCUUUUUCACUUAAAGUUAGUAUAGCAUAUCAAUAUCUGCGAGUAUGACGCAUAAGUGAUUUGUAUUAUUGGAAUGAGAUUGCAAGACCGCAAGGUUUUUCGAUGCGCUGACGUUUAUUGUUCAUCUGAUAGGUGUUUAAGUGCCAUAAUUCACAGAGUCAAAAACAGUCAACAUCUUUUUAUCCACACUGGUCGUGUUUAACUUAACACAGAAGAGACUUAUAUCGUGUCUAUAUUCAGAAUGAAAGUUGUAAACUUGAAGUUUACAGAUUAUGUUAGGUAUUUAAGUAAAUAGUUAAUACGGAUACAUCACGAUUUGCAAAUAAUGUAAAUAUGGAAAUAUUAACGAUUGAUUGAUCUUAAAUUGUAUAGCUGACUUUGAGUUGUUUUGCUUUCUUUGCUGUAUCUUGCUUAACUGUGUUAGUUUUUUCUCGCACUGAAUUUACAAUUACGUUGUUGAUAGUAUCACUUAUUUUUAAUUAUUAGCACUGAGUUUUAAAUAACGAUGUUGAGAGUAUUAAUUAUUUUUCAAAAUUUCUAGAUUUACACAGCAGGUCUUUGAAAUAUACCUUUCUCCCAUGUUGAAUAGUUUUGUGUUUGUCGGUAGUGAGCAUGACAUAAACAAUUGAACAUGUUUGCAAUACACGCACACAUAGGAUAUAAUUCGUUCAACGUUAAUUUAGUUAGUUUUACAACUUAAUAAGCAUGUUAUGUGAUAUCAAGUCACAUAUUAUAAUGCUGCGUGACUGCAUUGUCUACUCGAUGUUUGUGUCAGUGUUCCAAAAUAGUACCUAUGAAUGUUAUAUUCAUGUGCAACUUAAGUUGUAUUUUUCGGAGUUGAUUGCUUGGUUUCUCUCACCGUGGUGCGGUUAGUUUUCCAUUAAAAUACAAUGUGCAUGAGAUACGGUAUUAUAUCAUGAUAACUACUCAUGUCAUUGUUCCACGUCCAAUAUAUAUGUAAUAUGUCAUGCAUUCUGUAUGAUGUUCAGUUCUAAGUUUGUUCUUAAAUUUACCUGUAAAUAAACGGUCGUGUAACAUAGCGAAUAAAAUUA